AUGUCCGGCACCGGCAGCGGUCCUCACGGAGCACACUUCCAGGACUGGUGCCUGAGGACUUACGGGGACUCCGGCAAGACCAAGACCGUCACCCGGCGCAAGUACGCCAAGAUCCUGCAGAGCCUUCUGGCGCAGGCGCAGCAGGCGCAGCAGGCGCAGGGGGGCGACGACAAGAACCGCAUCACGCCAAGUUCAACUUCUGGGUCAAGUCCAAAGGAUUCUUGGUCGACCAUGACCAUUCUUCUUUAUGUCCCUGUCAAGACCAUUCUUCUUUAUGUCCCUGUCAAGACCAUUACCAUUCUUCUUUAUGUCCCUGUCAAGACCAUUCUUCUUUAUGUCCCUGUCAAGACCAUGACCAUGGGUGUGGAGGCGGGGCCAGGCGUUGACUCCUCCCUGAAGCGUGUGGCGGUGGUGGAGGACUUCUAUGACAUCAUCUACACCAUGCAUGUGGAGGUCACGCCCCCUGGGAAGACUCCCAAACAUGCUGGGCAGAAGAAGACUUACAAAGCUAUCUCAGAGACGUACGCCUUCCUGCCCAGAGAGGCCGUGACUCACUUCCUGAUGAGCUGUGGCGAGUGUCAGAAGAGGAUGCACAUCAGCAGCACGCCGCUCACACACAAAGAGUGCUCGGUGUCGGCCAUGAUGGACUUCAGCGCAUCUCUGGGCGGCGUCACCAAGCACGUGGAAGACAACAACCUGGUAAGCGCGCGCUUUCGUGCGCGUGUCCGCGCCUCGCCUUCGUCCUUUUCCAUCCGACACCUGCGAGGCGUGUGCGCGCUGCGCGUGGACACACGUGCAUUGUUCCGCGUGCGCGGUGUGGAGGCGGGGCCAGGAGUUGACUCCUCCCUGAAGCGUGUGGCGGUGGUGGAGGACUUCUAUGACAUCAUCUACACCAUGCAUGUGGAGGUCACGCCCCCUGGGAAGACUCCCAAACAUGCUGGGCAGAAGAAGACUUACAAAGCUAUCUCAGAGACGUACGCCUUCCUGCCCAGAGAGGCUGUGACUCACUUCCUGAUGAGCUGUGGCGAGUGUCAGAAGAGGAUGCACAUCAGCAGCACGCCGCUCACACACAAAGACAGCUCGGUGUCGGCCAUGAUGGACUUCAGCGCAUCUCUGGGCGGCGUCACCAAGCACGUGGAAGACAACCACCUGGAUGACGCCUCAGUGAGCAGCGAGGAAGACCCGCCCGACAUGAGCGAGCCCUCCUGGCUGGCGGCCGGAGCGCCGUCCCAGCUGAGCCCGGCGGGACGAGGCGACGGGACGCGCCCCGACACCGCGAGCAACAAAGACGACGACGAUGAUUCCUCGUCCGAGAGCGCGCCCGCCCUCACCCCUCCCUCGUCCGCCGCCGCCGUAGUCCGAGAAGCUGAGGUCGUCAACGGCGACUGUGGCCCCGCCCCGCUGGACUUCAGCACGCCCACGUCGUCCUCCUCGCCCUCCGAGGACCAGCAGCCCGUCAACCUGAGUGACCCGCCCCCUCAGAGGACGCCGCUGAGCGCCUCCCACCUGCCCGUCACCGUGUCGGCGGCGGCGGCGGCGCUGCUGGGCGCUCUGCACCCCAACGCGCAGGAGGAGCUUCGCAGGAAGUACCCGCUGGCCGCCAAACCUCCGCCGGCGCCACAUCCCGCCUUGCCCGGUCCGCUGAACCACACCCCGCACACGCACGCCUCCACAGGCAGCGAGCUGCAACUGGACUACGGCAACAAGUCUCCGGUGUACAGUUCUGGGGGCAGCUAUGACAGCGUGAAGAUGGACGUGAGCGCGGAGGACCUGAGCACGGGCCGCCACCACCACCAGCACCACCAGCAGGUUGCCCCCGACGACGACGACGACGAGCACGACGAGCACGACGACAGCGACAAGAUCAACGACACGGAGGGCGUCGACCCCGAGAGGCUGAAGGCCUUCAAUAUGUUUGUGCGUCUGUUUGUGGACGAGAACUUGGACCGCAUGGUGCCCAUCUCCAAGCAGCCCAAGGAGAAGAUCCAGGCCAUCAUCGAGUCCUGCAGCAGACAGUUCCCAGAGUUCCAGGAGCGAGCUCGCAAGCGCAUCCGCACCUACCUCAAAUCCUGCCGCCGCAUGAAGAAGAACGGCAUGGAGACCCGGCCCACUCCACCUCACCUGACCUCAGCCAUGGCGGAGAACAUCCUGGCUGCUGCCUGCGAGAGCGAGUCACGCAACGCCGCCAAAAGGAUGCGCCUGGAGUCUUAUCACGACGAGCAGAUUUCUGUGGACAAAGGCAGUGGUGGUGGUGGCGGCGGUGGUGGUGGCGGCGCUCUGAGGGAGCCGGUGUCGUUAGCGCACUCCGCCUACUCUCUGGCCGCCUCCGCCUUCUCCAACCAGGAGCCUCAGCUCUACAUCAAUGGAGCCGGCCUCAGCUACGGUUACCGUGGUUACCUGGGCCUGAGCGCCGCCAUGCAACACCCCGUCUCCGUGACGACCGGCGCCGCUGCUCAGAGCAACGGACCCACAGACCUCAGCAUGAAGUCCUCAGCCAGCAUCACUAGCUCCGCCUCCUCAACCAACCACUGCCUGGGCGGGCGUGGUGGUGGUGGCGGCGGAGGAGGAGGAGGGGGCGGGGCCUCAGCCCAGCUCAGCCAACCGGAGAUCUCGGCCGUGCGUCAGCUGAUCGCCGGCUACCGGGAGUCUGCCGCCUUCCUGCUGCGCUCGGCCGACGAGCUGGAGAACCUCAUCCUGCAGCAGAACUGAAGAUCUCACACACACACACACACACACACACACACACACACACACACACACACACACACACACACACACGCACACACACACACACACACACACACACACGCACACUUUGAUGGCUUUGUGUCUUUUUUGUUGGCGUGAAACUUUCCAUCAAUACGAGACACCGCCAUUCCUACACGCUUUGCGAAGGCUGGCGGGCACUAGGACCCUGAGGGCGGGCUUUGGGAACCCAAGGACGGACACUAAGAAUCUAAUAUCAGGCACUAGGACCCUGAGGGCGGGCUUUGGGACUCCAAGGAUGGACACUAAGGACCUAGGGGCGGGCACUAGGACCCUGAGGGCGGGCUUUGGGACUCCAAGGAUGGACACUAAGGCCCUAGGGGCAGGCACUAGGACCCUGAGGGCACUAGGACCCUGAGGGCGGGCUUUGGGACCCUAAGGACGGACACUAAGGCCCUAGAGGCAGGCACUAGGACCCUGAGGGCGGGCUUUGGGACCCUAAGGACGGACACUAAGGCCCUAGGGGCAGGCACUAGGACCCUGAGGGCUCCUCCUCUGCUGCUCACAAUCAGCUCACCCAACCAACGUGCCGCCAGAUGAUUGGACGUGGCGUUUGCGUGUACAUAAAUCUAUAAAUAGAAGCUCUCUGUGCCCGAUAGCACUUUGCCCCGCCCCCUUCCCGCCUACUUAAUAUGCAUCCCGGACCGCCAUCGUGACCAGACCAGGAAAUACCUCAAUCACCCACUUCCUGUUCCUGCGGACUGUAAAUAGAUGACGAGGAAGACGUGCGUGUGCGGGCGUAUAUGCUAAUUAGCGUGUUGACGACCUCCAACUGUUCAAAGCCCCGCCUCCUUUUCCCCUCUUCUCGGACCUCCUUCUUCUUCUUCAUGGACCUAAAGCUAAAGGAAGAGGAAGUAGUGCUGCUAACAACCUUCGGCCAUAGACUGACCUCUGACCUCUGACCUCCACCUUAACCAAAAUUCACCUAAGUUGACUUUUUUUAUUCCGUCUGCGUGGCCAAUGAGCACCCUCCGUUUUGCCUUCAUAAGCCACGCCCUCUUCGGCCCAAUCAAGUUUUGCCUAAAAGCUGUAAAACUUCGUUUUGCUUUCGAUUACGAAGGUUAGCUUUUUUACUUUGGCGUGUGACCUUUUAGUUACAAAAAUGGCUGUCUUUUUUUUUUUUUUGUUAUUGGAAAAAAAACAAGGUGUGACUAAUAAAAAAAAAGCCAAAUGAAGGAGGAGCUAAUUGCUAGGGAGGGACUCUAAUUACAGAAGGUGAUAUUUCCUCCUGGCCUGCGGGGGCAGUGCUGAGCUGUGUGCAGUGCAGCUGAUCAUGGCCUAGAUUAGUGGUCCCCAACCUUUUCUUUCACCAGAGACCAGUUUAAUGUAGGCUUUAUUCUUACUUUGACUGGUGCCAGAUAAACACAGCAAGAAUAAAUGCAUGACAAAUGCAAUUAGUGUUUCUUUGCAGAUGGAAAUCAGCCUUUGGCUACAAUCUGUCACUUUUCUGUCUGAUAUCAUCAUUAAUGUGCAUCGUAUCCUGUCACAAAGUUACAACAACUUCCCAUGAGGAGUGUUAUUGCACAUCUAUAAACAAGCUCAUUGGUGUGUCAAACCUCAAGGCCCGCGGGUCAGAUCUGGCCCUCCACCUCAUUUUACAUGCCCUACAAUACAAUUUCAAUACAAUACCUUAUAUUUUCUUUCUCUACUUUCUUAUUUUCUUAGGGGGUUUUUUCUAUUUUGACAGGGGAAAAAAUAGUGUCCAAUAUUGCAACAAAUAUUAUAUUAUAUAACUUUAUUGGUCAAAAUCCAAAUAAAUACUUAAAAAUCUGCUUAAUUUAUGGUUUGGAAGCUAGUUAUCCAUCAAAUUGCACACUAUAAAAAUUACAAAUAGAUUUUACUGUGAAAUUUAGUUUUUUGUUUUA